CACAGUUUGACAAGUUCACCUCCGCUAUGAACCGAGCACCUCCGCCGCCGCAUACCUCCGCCACUUUCCAUCCGCCCCAUCAUCCAAAUCCACCGCCGUCCGUCACCACUGCUCUCUCCGACCUCAAAUCUCUUCUUCACCUCUCCUCCACCGCCCUCCAUUCUCUCCCACCUCCAAUCGCCGACGCCUCCACCGCCGCCAAUACCUUCGUCCCCUGCCCUUUCAACCCUAACCACCGUCUCCCUCCUUCAAUCCUCUUCUCUCACUACCUCAAUUGCCCUUCCCCUCUCUCUCUACCUCACAAUUUCCACUAUCCCCUCACCCUCAGCUCCUCUUCCUCAUCCACCGCCGCCGCCUUACCCACCAUCCCAGCCGAUUCGUCCGAUCUCACCGUCUCUCUCGACAGCUACAUCGCCUAUAAUGCCCCCGCCAACAGUUUUUUUUACCACAAUUGCCCCGGCCCUGUCACCCCCGCUGCUCCACCGCCUCCAUCCCUCAAUUUGCCUAGGGUUUUAUACACCGAGUGCGCCGAUUUCAAUGACAAAUCUCCAGCGGUAGCUGCCUCGCUUGAUUUUAUUAGGUUUCUGCCGUCUGAGAUUUGGGCAAUUCGAAAUGAAAUUGAAUCGUGGGGCGGUGGUUUCCCCUCAGCGUACUCAUCACGAAUUUUGCGUGCGAUACUUAGGUUUAGAGACUGUAAAUUGUUGCAUUUGUAUGAUUGGAUCAUUGCGAAUUCGCCUAGAUAUGUUAUGAUUAUUGAUUGUGCCUUGAGAGAUCAUGUGGCUGUGUUGGUUAAGCUUUCUCUGAAGGUGAUUGUUACAGAGGCUCUUGAGCUGGCAGGAUUUAUGUAUAGCGAUGGAGAGAUGAAGGGGAUUGAGAGAGCUCUGAGUGGGAAUCAGAGUUUUGAAUGCCCGGUUUUAGUAAGAGUGAUGGCGUGGCUUGCAUUGCAGUUGAGUGUAUUGUACGGUGAAGUUAAUGGGAAGUAUUUUGCUGUUGAGUUGUUGAAAGAAUGCGUGCGGAACUCUGCAUCGGAUGCAUCGCUGUUUCCUUUGGAGGGAAAGGAUGAUGAACCUAGCGAGGAGGGAAAUGAUGGCGGAUGUGUAGGAAAGGAGGUACAAAAUGCUGGAUCAAUUGAUGAAACAGUUGGAAGCAGUGUGAUUUUCGUUUCUCAAGUGGCUGCCGCUGUGGCAGCAUUAUAUGAACGCACUUUCAUUGAAGAUAAGAUCAAAGCAUUGCGUAAUGAUAGGCCAGCCUCUACGUACCAACGUAAUGUGGAACAUGCUCAUGUGUCCAUGAUAGCUGAUGAGGAACGACAGAAACGUCCAGAUUAUAGACCCGUAAUCGAAUAUGAUGGUUUUCUGCGGCAUAGGUCAAACAAUCAGGAUGCCAACAGAGUAAAGACAAAAGAGGAAUUAUUAGCUGAGGAAAGAGACUACAAAAGGCGGCGAAUGUCAUAUCGUGGCAAGAAACUUAAGCGUAAUGCUGUGGAGGUAACGAGGGGUAUUAUUGAAGAAUAUAUGGAGGAAUUCAGGCUAUCUGAAGGGAUCAGUAGCUUGUCAAAUGCUGUGGAUGAGAAUGAAGCUUUGGGUUCUGAAAAUAUGGAUGGACAUGCAAGAGCAGCUGAUUAUUUUGCAUUAAUGGGAAACUCUGAAGUUCCUGAAGAUGAUAGGGGCCAAUCAGUUGAAAACAGGGAAGAUGUACACUCUCGUCAUUAUGCAAGAGAUUUCAAGGAUGACAACCAGCAGAGAAGACAGGAUUCAAGUUGGGAUGAUAGGUGUCAAUUUCACAAUAGAAGCAAUAAGGGUAAUUGGUAUGACAGAGAUGAGUCUGCAACACGUGAUGGAAGACGAAUUGACAGUCACUCAAGAGUGCUGAAGAAUGGUGGAGAAAAGUCAGACUUUGCUGAAGAUGAUUUGCGAAGAUCACACCAAAGACGAAGUGAGUCACAUGACAAAAAGUAUUAUAAAAGCACUAGAGAUGAGCAUGAGCAGGAAACUCAUAAAAGAAGAAGACAUGAACAUGACAGAAGUAGUCGUAAGAGAGAGAGAACCAAAGACUAUUUGGAGUAUGAAGAUCGAGAUAGAAGCAAAAGAGACAGGGCUUCUGGAGAGAGAUAUGAAGACGAGAGAGGACAUGCGGAUAGAAAGAAAAGCAAAUCAAACCGGAGUAGUGGCUCUCGGCAUGAGUUUGAUGACAGAUAUGAUCCUUCAGUCUCUCAUGAUAUGUAAGAGGAAAAGAUCACUGAUCAACGGACUUGCUUACUGGUUAUUGGCAUGCACCUCUGUAAGGAUAUGUGAUAUCCACAUGCGAACUAUCUUACCUAAACAUGGGACAAGUGUUAUCAAAGUUUGGCAAGCAGCAUGCUGGUGUUUCGAAUUUAUCCAUCACCUGUAUCCUCCUCUGUAUCCUUGACAAUUCCUCAUUCUGUUGGUUUUAUAGCUGUGUUUUCCUCUCUGUUUACACAGUAUACUUUUUCAUUAUUAAACUUGUCUGUUGAUGCUAUUUUAACUGACUCGUUUGAGCAUCAAGUUUUUGGCGCCAAAAAACUAUGAGAUUGACCAGCAUGGAAGUUCGAUAAAGUUGAACGGAGUCGAUUUUUAUGAAGAUUUUCACCUCAGGUGAUGUUUACUCCUACUAUUCAAGGCUAGGCUAAAUAGGUUGUAAACUGUUGUUUACUAAGAUGGAUUAGAAAUAAUAAAAUACUAUUCUACAUCCCAUGAUUAGUUCUACUAUUGAGACAAACUUGUUUUAUUCAUAUCCUACUGAGAAUUGCAGAAAUUUUUGUUAUUAAGAUAAACACUAACUGUGGAUAGCUCAAAUUUCUCUUACCAGUUUGCGGUGUUAGUAGUUGAGUGAUAUAUGGGUCAGGUGGUUGGUGAGAGGGAUAGAGAUUAUUAAUUUCAGGCCCAACAUGAUUAAUAAAAUAUCCAGCCCAAUAUUCAUACUGGGCUGCAAAAUGUUAGCCACAAUUACUUUCUGAAGAUGAUCAUCAGCCCAUAUAUUUAAUGUACUCAUAUAAUUACAUAAAAGUUUAUAUUUAAUCA